AUGUUGGAACUUGGUACAGGUGCUGGUUACAAUGCAAUUUUAGGUGCUUUGAAUGGAGCUGCCUAUGUUACUUGCACUGAUGUAUCGCAAGUAGCUGUGAACAAUGCACAGGAAAAUAUUGAUAAUCACCAAUUAGGAAAUCGUGUGACCGUUAUUCGUAGUGAUGUAUUUGACUCACUACCAUCAGAAUGUAAAUAUAAAUUCGAUUUAAUUUUCUGGAAUUUUCCAUUUGUUCACAUCAAUAAACCGGCUAGUGAGUUAACUGAUUUAGAACGAUGUGUAUAUGAUCCAGAACAUGAAGGGAUUGACAAAUGUUUACGUGACAUUAAACAGUUUCUUGUACCGGAUCGUGGUCGAGCAUUCUUUGCCUUUUCUACUACUCUUGCCAGUAUGGAACAAUUUUCUGACGUAGCUGCGAAGAAUAAUUGGAAAUUACAGCUUGUUAAUGAAUAUGAAACAACUGUCGGUGACGAUAUUGGUUUUGAAGAAGCAGGCGCUGGAGCUCAACUUGGUAUUUAUGAAAUAAUCGAACUCAAAAGAAACUGA